AUGGGCUGCAGCAUCAAUACACGAAUGAAACGACCACAAAUCACUGAUGUACCACGCAUAAGCCAAGUCGGGGAAAUACAAAUCAAAAAGGACCAAUUUGUACAAGAAAAUCAGCAUCGUUUCGCUGAGGUCUACCAAAUAGGAGAAAGCUUAGGUUCUGGGGCUUUUGGCGAAGUUAAAAUUUGCUUCCAAAGAGACACAAGACAAAAACGAGCUGUGAAAAUUAUGAGGAAAGACCUUAUGAAAAGUGAAAGCAAGCGAGACGACUUGGAAAAAGAAAUCAGUAUUUUAAGAUCAAUGGACCAUCCGAAUAUAGUAAGACUAUAUGAGUUUUUCGAAGAUCAAAAAAGAAUUUAUACCUGUCAGGGUGUUAGGGUGUUAGAGUGUUAAAAAUUCUUAGACUAAGCUUGAUAAAUAUUAAUUUUUUUAAAAAGUUAUAUUAAAUAGGCAUACAUUGUUAUGGAGCAUUGUGCUGGUGGUGAACUGUUUGAUGAGAUCAUUAAAAGAAAAAAUUUCCAAGAAGUCCAUGCAGCACAGAUUAUGUAUCAGUUAUUUUCUGCCGUUGCAUACUUGCAUAGCCACCAUGUUAUACAUCGAGAUUUAAAGCCAGAAAAUAUUUUAUUAGAAGAAAGUAACGACACUUUGAAUAUAAAACUUAUUGAUUUUGGCACAGCUGUUAUGUCAAAUAAUAAAAUAAAAGACGCAAUGGGAACUGCCUACUAUAUUGCACCUGAAGUUUUAAGUGGCCAAUAUAGCGAAAAAUGUGACAUGUGAAGUUGUGGGGUUAUUUUGUAUAUAUUAUUAUCAGGUAGGCCUCCUUUUGACGGCAGAGAUGACUCGGAAAUACUCAUAAUUAAAAUAUGGCGACAUUUUGGUUUCCGAUUGAAGAUUUUUAUCUAGCAUAUUUUAAUUUAGAGAUUUGUUUCACGUAGUGAAAUUACCCCAGCUGAGUCAGGGAAGUAAGGGCUGAGAGCUUUCCUAUCGAACCCCUGACAUUAGAGAAUUUUAUUUCAUAUCCUACUCCAGGUAAGAAGACAUGGAAAUUUAGAGUGCCUGAGAUUUUUUAAGACUGGCAUCCUCAUUAUUGAAUGAGAGAAGAAGAUCAAUGCUGCCGCACUUUGGAAAGCUGAUAGAAAAUGGAAUGAAUGCGCCAUGCAGCUUUAAAGGCAUCUGUAUCAGCAGGCUACCUAGGAUUUUCGCUAAACGUGAUAGAUUUAAUUAAGACUAAGACUCGGAAAUAGUCAACAAAGCUCAAAUCGGGAAAUUUGAUAUAAUAGAUGAUCCAUGGGGAAGGAUUUCCAAUGAAGCCAAAAAUUUAAUAACCGGGCUUCUCUGCAAAGCAGAGUCCAGACUGUCAGCUUCUCAAUGCCUCCAACACCCUUGGAUUACUUCAAGAGCCCAUCGACCUAUUGCUACCGAAGAAAUCAUACAAGUCGUCAUGAGAAAUCUGACGACUUUUCAUAAUUCCAAUAAACUGCGUGACGCUGUAAAUACAUUUAUAGCUUCUCAAUGCAUUUCUAUGCAGGAUACACGACUUCUGCGUGAAGUAUUUAGAAGUAUGGAUAAAAACGGGGACGGCAAAUUAAGUAGAGAAGAAUUGAUGGAGCAAUAUGUAUGGUCGCUCGGGGAGGCUGAUGCAGAAAUUGAAGUAACUCCUAUUAUUUUAUAUAUAAAAAAUUUCCAAAAUAUUAAUAAAUAAAUAAAAAUAAAUUAAUUUUUGUGAAUAUUAAUGAAUUUCUAUAUAAAUAGAAUUAUGGAAGAGGUUGAUGCAGACCAUAAUGGGUAUAUAGACUAUACAGAAUUUUUAAAAGCCACACUGGAUAUGAAAAAAUUGCUAUCCAGCGACAACUUAAAACAAGCUUUUAGGAUGUUUGAUAGAGAUGGAAGUGGCAGUAUUUCGGCUGCUGAGCUGAAAAAAAUACUAGAAGGGGGAGUAAUCAGCGAUGAUAAAGUAUGGGAUGAUUUAAUUGUACAGGCAGAUCAAAAUGGAGAUGGAGAAAUUGAUUUGCAGGAAUUUCAGGAUGUAAUUUUAUCAAAAGUUUAG